AUGGCGUCGGCGUCGGAGCAGAUCCCAUCGCCACCCACCUACAGGUUCCGGCCUACGAAGCGCGAGCUCGUUCGAGGACGACGCGGCGGGGAGCACCAGGACCGCGGCUGCGAUGGCGGCGUCGGGACGUGGAAGAUGCAGAGCAGCCUCGAGAAGUGCCUGCGCGUCCGCGGCAAGAGGAUCAAGAUCCACGUCAGCAACCUCAACCUGCACAUGGGCAAAGGCAAGAACAGCGGCAGCGUGGGGUGGGUGAUGCACGAGUACACCAUCGCCGCGCCGCCCUGCCCGUCGCCCGUCAAGAUCUGCCACAUUGCCUUCAGCGGCCACGGCCGGAAGCGCAUGCGCGUGCCGGAUGGCCAACAAGUCCGGCAGAGCCCUCUUCUUGGCAGCAGCGACUUUCAGGGCUUCCCGUCCGCAGUGUCAGAGCAGUACCCCGGGUUGGAGGCGCAGGUGCCGACAACAGAGCAGCAGGACACCGUGGCGCCGCAGUUGAUGGUCCAACAAUCUACCAUGCCGAUGGUGCAGCAGCUGUCUGAAGGAGAACUGGAGUUCUGGAGCUCGAUAGGGGUUGAUGUGCAGAGCAAUAACAGUUUUGAGCAGGAGCACUCCACAGGGGUCCAGAGCAGCUGUGUGGUGUCCAACAACGGUGCCAUGGCAACAGGGGUCCCGAGCAGCUGGGUGGUGCCCAACACCGGGGCCACGGCAACAGGGGUGCAGAGUAGCUGGGUGGCAGGAGACCUUGAUGAUUUCUGCAGGUCAUUACUGGCUAAUGUGCGGACCAACUGUGCGGCGCCGGGCUUCGGCAACAUGGCCACCGGAGCGCUGGGCGGUGGCUGCUCGUUGAUCUGUAAGUAG